AUGUUUCUACAUAGUGCGCGUAAGCGCAAGUCCGACCAGAUGGACGAUGAACCAGCAACCCCCAAAGGUAGCCCAGUGAAGAAGAUGCGAAUCACACAAGCACAGAAACAAGCUCUGAUAGACAACUUACAGCUCGAGAUCUCGGAACGAGCGCGCCAACUUCGAGCUCAGUACGGGUUACAAUGUUCGGAUCUGAGGUCGAGAAUCGAAAGAAGGAUAAAUCGCGUACCGAUCAGCCUACGGAAAAGGAAGAUGGGAGAGCUUAUGGCUCAGCACGAGGCAUCACCACGGAAGGUUGCCCCUCCGACGUCACAACCGACCAUCAGGAGUCCAUUCAAAGAAGUCCUCGACGAACGUCCAUUGCCAGCACUUCCAAGCCCGUCGAAGCUUCCUUCGCCGCUCAGAAAACCUGCUAUACAAUCGCAGAAGACUCGAAAACGGAAAAGCUCCGCCAUACUUAUCCCAUCCGACAAGGAGAACCACGAGCCUGAUGUUUCUGAUGCUGCUCUUGACAGCCUACCCGUACAGAAGAAUCUGAAAAGAGCAAAGACAGCGGCGACGGUUGUCCCUACUCCUCCCAAAAGAGCUGCUUCGCGAACCCAAAAGAAGCCUCUUCAAGCCAAUGGAAACCCUACAGGCGUUUUGUCGCCUCGUUCACACAAUUCGAGGACGCUCGUCAGGUCACCAAUCAAGGAGAAAGAGCUUCCCAUCCCAGCAAGAGAAGCAUCACCACUACGACAACAACCACCACCUCAAAGACCGGCUUCACCAUCCAAGAUAGCUUCGCCCUUUAAAGCAGCUACUUCUGCACUCUCGUCCCUCGCUAAACGUGGCUAUGCUGCUGCUGGUGCAGCUGGUGCUAGACUCACGCGUCCGAUAAGUCGUGAGAAAGAGCAAGCUACAUUGAAUGGGACAGGAACCACGAUCCCAAGCACUGGAUCACCAACGAGAAAAAUGCUGCCACCACCACGACCUGCACUAGCUACUCUAACGAGUACAUCCGUAGCGUCACUUUCCACUGCUUCUCCCCAACGAACAGCCUCACAAGCUUCCAUACGCUCCAACACCUCUGAGCAGAGCAGCGCCACCAACGCAACUGUUGUAACAAAAUCGAAAAUAGGUCGUGGACUAGGUACCAAGAAAGCAGCUCCAGCUCCAACUACCGCCAGGGCACCAACAAGAACCAUCACGACAACAACCACAGCAACGAAGACGAAAGGGAAAGUGGUAGUUAGUGGCUCCACAGUCAGUACUCUGAGUCCAAAGGCCACAAACACAACAAUCAAAAGAGCUGCCACAACUGCUGCUGCUGCGAAAAAGGUUGCGACAGGUGCUGCGAAGAAAAUGGUGGGGGCAGGACCUACACCCACGGGGCGGGUUUUGAGGAAGAGGAAUUAA